ACAAGACACAUGUCAUUAGUCCACCUGCUAAGAAUUUCCGUGUAGAUGGCCGCUGCGUCGUGUUGUAACUGAAUGGGAAUUCCACACGAAAUGCAUCCUAAAUGACCCAUUUAUCCGAGCACUCCGUCUACUUCCGCGAAACGCACAUCUUCGAGAUUGUGCCCGCGUAACCGCACUGCAUCAUGUCCGGCUCGCUGAGCCGGUCAGUUUCGUUGAGUCCCCUCGAGCCUAGUCCCCCCGGCCAGCCGGCUUCAGGAUCGCCGCCAAAACUGACGAGCUUACCGAAGGACACUAGACAACUCGCCGAUCUAACUAUAUCGCCACUGAAGAUCUUCGUGUCGGCUAAGAAGCGAAUCAACGAUGUGUUCGUGGGCAUCCAGGGAUACGUGGAAGAAAGCCACGCCUUUCUUGCGGCUCUCAAUUCUGGCAUGGAAGCAUUCAAGGCGGAAGACUGUUUGGAGGUGGAAAAGUUCAAAGACAAGAUCGCUGGCAUUCGUGACGUCUUGUCGCGUGAUCACAUGAAGGUCGUCUUCUUUGGCAGGACCAGCAAUGGCAAGAGCACAGUAAUCAACUCCAUGCUGCAAGAUAAAAUUUUGCCUAGCGGUUUGGGCCACACCACAAACUGCUUUCUUCAAGUAGAAGGAUCGGACAGCUCAGAAGCAUAUCUGCUGACUGAGGACUCCAGUGAGCGCAAGAAUGUGGAGUCCGUGUUGCAAUUGGCCAACGCAUUAAACUCGGAGUCACUUGGUGAGAGUGCUCUGGUGAGGGUCUUCUGGCCAAAAGACAGGUGCAAUCUUCUGCGUGAUGACGUAGUUCUGGUCGACAGCCCUGGCAUCGACGUGUCCCCAAAUCUUGAUUUGUGGAUUGAUAAGCACUGCCUGGAUGCUGAUGUAUUUGUACUCGUGGCCAACGCCGAGUCUACAUUGAUGGUCACAGAAAAAAACUUCUUUCACAAAGUCAGCGAACGCCUUUCGAAGCCAAACAUAUUCAUCCUGAACAAUCGCUGGGAUGCGUCAGCGUCAGAGCCGGAGAUCAUUGAAAAGGUGCGGAAGCAGCACCUGGAGCGAAACCUCGCAUUCUUGGUGGACGAGCUGAAAGUCGCUAACCGUCAACAAGCCGAGGACAGGGUGUUCUUUGUGUCGGCAAGGGAGGUCCUCAAUGCCCGGCUGCGCAAACAGCAGGGUCUACCACAGCAUUCGGGCAUAGGUCUUGCCGAAGGGUUCCAGGGGAGAUACUUUGAAUUUCAAGACUUUGAGAGGAAAUUUGAGGAGUGCCUUUCCAAGUCUGCGGUAAAAACAAAGUUUGAGCAGCACACGCAAAGAGGAAAAAAGAUUACAAGCGAGCUGCGAACCAUCAUGGACAAAGUUUAUGAGCAGGCAGCAUCGCUCAAAGCGGAGAAGCAGACCCUUCGGCAUGAGCAAGCGGAGAGGCUGCAGUUCACGCAGCAGCAGCUGCAGUUACUGACGGAGGAGGCGAAGCAGCGCAUCGGGCAGCUAGUGGAGCAAGUGGAGCAGCAAGUGGCUGGUGCCCUGAGCGAGGAGAUCCGCCGGCUGGAGCUGCUGGUUGGCGAGUUCGAGCGACCCUUCCACCCGGACCCGCUGGUGCUGGGCGUGUACAAACGCGAGCUGCACGCCUAUGUCGAGCGGGGCCUUGGGUGCAACCUGCGUGCCCGUCUAUCCACCACUCUGCAGAUGUCUGUUGAGAACGCACAGAAGGAGAUGAUCGGACGAAUGUCAUCACUGAUACCGUCAGAGCAGCAGCCGCAGAUGCUCAAUGUUCUGCCACGACACAACUUUGAGGUCCUGUACCGAAUCAACUGUGAGAGCCUCUGCUGCGACUUCCAGGAAGACCUGCAGUUUCGCUUCUCAUUUGGCCUGGCUAACAUGAUAAAGUUUUUUACGCAACACCGAAAAGUGGAUCCAGCAACUGGUAGCAGCUACUCAAACAUGAUUCCAAGGCCGCAGCUGAGCACACCACAGACACCGAGCAAUGAGAUCAAGGUGUUCCCGGCAGCUCCUCCAGACUACCUGGGCAUCGUGCACAAGUUGGCAGUGGUCUCCCCAACACCUCAGACUGCUCUCGGCGUACUCACAGUUGGUGGAUGCAUGGUUCGUGCCAUUGGGUGGAAGGUGAUUGCUGUAGCAGUGGGAACAUAUGGAGCUCUCUACCUCUUCGAGCGACUGACGUGGACUAACCGGUCAAAGGAGCGCUGCUUCAAGCGCCAGUAUGUGCAGCACGCCACUCGAAAGCUGCGUCUGAUCGUUGACCUCACGAGCGCCAACUGCUCUCAUCAAGUGCAGCAAGAAUUGUCGAGCACGUUUGCUCGUCUGGGACACGUGGUUGACGAAGUGGUGAACGAUAUGGAUACGGACAUCAAAAAGCUGGAUAAGGAGAUCGCCAAGAUGGAGGAGGCCACAACCAAUGCCAGAACCUUGAGGAACAAGGCUGGUUACCUGAUGAGUGAAUUAGAGACUUUCUCGCAGCAAUACCUGCAGUACGAUUAGUAGAGGAUGGGGACAUUACUUGGGACUGGUUUUUAGUCUUCCGUUGGCUCUGACAGCAGCAUCUUCUCAAGUUUUCUUGUGUGGGAGACUUUUGACAAGCAUGAAUAUCUUCAAGUUGCCUUUUUCUGUUUGUUGUCUUGCAUGAUUUUGUUGUUUAUAUAAGUGAACUAAUAACAGUAAUUUGACCUUUGUAUGAAAGGAAAUUCAGAAAUGUUUUAGCAGAUGUGAUUAUGCAAAAGAAAUAUGUUAGCAGCACUUUUUGUGUUAAAGUUGGGCAACAUUUUGUUUCCCACAUUGCAUGCUAGUGUUUCUUUGUCAGGCACCGAAAUCAUCCGAUUUAUUUAUGCUAAAUGGCUGUGAUCUUUGACUCUAUAUUUGUUGUUUAAGCCUGCUGAGAACAGUUCUACAAUUACCUUUGUUGCCGUAUAUCUGUUUUUUCUAGCAAUUGGGAUUUUCUUGUUCAAGCAUGCAUCAGUUGUCAAUGUAUGGCUUUUUGUAGGUAUAAUUUACUGUGCAUUUAUGGAAUCAAUUCAGUGAACACUUUUUUUGUUCAGAGUAAUUAUAAUUGUGAAAUAAACAAGGCUGGCAAGCACAGGUCUAUUCUUUUA